UGGCCGCUGCUAUGGUGGUUAAUCCUCCAGAUGGCGUGUGUUUCCAAUCCUACUACAGGAGAAGGUCAGAGACUGUAGUCUCUGGUCUUCUCCUGUAGUAUGCCUGCAGUCUCUGACCAUCUCCUGUAGUAUGUCCGCAGUCUCUGACUAUCUUAAUAUGUCUGCAGUCUAUGACCAUCUCCUGUAUUAUGUUUGCAAUCUCUGCAGGCAUACUACAGGAGAAGGCCAGAGACUGCAAACAUAUACAAUAGAAGGUCAGAGAAUGCAAUCAUACUACAGGAGAAGGUCAGAGACU